AUGAAAUUCUCAAAUUUGUUGCUGUCUCUCCUCCCUCUGACCGCUGCUGCAACGAGCAUCCCACAACCUCGCUCAGUUUCUGCUCUUCAGCCAGCUACAUCCGCCGAAUGUUGCCCCUUCACCUACAAGCCGACAUGUACCAAGAAUCUUGAACGGGUGUAUCACAUCAAACUGUUCUACAACCGGAAGGAAGGGAUCACGCCUGAGCAGUUCAACGCGUACUGGGCCAACAACCAUACCAAGACUGCUGGAAACUUUCACUUGCGGUUCGGUGUAUACAAGUACUCGCAGUACCACUCUACUCCUGAACUUCGAGACCUUCUUCGCGUCCCUGGCGGAGCUCCAGUGCUUGAAUUCGACGGCGCUGCGGAGUUUUGGGUUCCGACUAUGGAGACUUUCCAAGCUAUGGGGUCUGACCCAUUCUAUAGAGAUGUGAUUACAACUGAUGAGAACAAUUUCAUUGAUCAUUCUUCUAUGAGAAUGAUUGUUGGCUUCGAUUAUAUCAUGGUGGAUAAUCAGAACGCUGUGACGGAGCAUGGCCGAACCUUUCAAUAG